CACCUUUCUUAUUGUCUGUCCUCAGAAUGGCUUCACUCCUUUGUACAUGGCAGCUCAAGAAAACCACAUUGAUGUGGUGAAAUAUUUGCUGGAAAAUGGAGCUAAUCAGAGCACUGCUACUGAGGAUGGCUUCACACCCCUGGCUGUGGCACUGCAGCAGGGACACAACCAGGCAGUGGCUAUCUUGCUGGAGAACGACACCAAAGGGAAGGUGCGGCUACCAGCCUUGCACAUUGCCGCCAGGAAGGACGACACUAAGUCAGCAGCCCUCCUGCUUCAAAACGACCACAACGCCGACGUCCAGUCCAAGAUGAUGGUGAAUAGGACAACUGAGAGUGGCUUCACGCCGUUGCACAUAGCUGCCCACUACGGGAACGUGAACGUGGCCACUCUCCUCCUGAACCGAGGCGCCGCUGUGGACUUCACUGCCAGGAAUGGAAUCACUCCUCUGCAUGUGGCUUCCAAAAGGGGGAACACAAACAUGGUGAAGCUCUUACUGGAUCGUGGAGGUCAGAUUGAUGCCAAAACUAGGGACGGCCUGACGCCACUGCAUUGUGCUGCGAGGAGCGGACAUGACCAAGUGGUGGAGCUUCUGCUGGAGCGGGGGGCUCCCUUGCUGGCCAGGACUAAGAACGGGCUGUCUCCUCUGCACAUGGCGGCCCAGGGGGACCACGUGGAGUGUGUGAAGCACCUGCUGCAGCACAAGGCCCCCGUGGACGACGUGACCCUGGACUACCUGACGGCCCUCCAUGUGGCUGCGCACUGCGGACACUACCGUGUCACCAAGCUCCUCCUGGACAAGAGAGCCAACCCCAAUGCCAGAGCCCUGAACGGUUUUACUCCACUGCACAUUGCCUGCAAGAAAAACCGCAUCAAAGUCAUGGAACUGCUGGUGAAAUAUGGGGCCUCAAUCCAAGCUAUCACCGAGUCUGGCCUCACUCCAAUACACGUGGCUGCCUUCAUGGGCCACUUGAACAUUGUCCUCCUUCUGCUGCAGAACGGAGCCUCUCCAGAUGUCGCUAACAUUCGUGGGGAGACUGCCCUGCACAUGGCAGCCCGGGCAGGCCAGGUGGAAGUGGUCCGCUGUCUCCUGAGGAACGGCGCCCUUGUCGAUGCCAGAGCCAGGGAGGAACAGACACCUUUGCACAUCGCCUCACGCCUGGGGAAGACAGAAAUUGUCCAGCUGCUUCUCCAGCAUAUGGCUCACCCAGACGCUGCCACCACCAACGGGUACACACCCCUGCACAUCUCUGCCCGGGAAGGCCAGGUGGACGUAGCAUCUGUCCUUCUGGAAGCGGGAGCAGCCCACUCCUUGGCCACCAAGAAGGGCUUCACCCCCCUGCAUGUGGCAGCCAAGUAUGGAAGCCUGGAUGUGGCAAAACUGCUCCUGCAACGCAGAGCUGCGGCUGACUCAGCGGGAAAGAACGGCCUCACCCCGCUUCAUGUUGCUGCUCACUAUGACAACCAGAAGGUGGCGCUGCUGUUACUGGAGAAAGGCGCCUCCCCACACGCCACUGCCAAGAAUGGCUACACGCCCCUGCACAUCGCGGCCAAGAAGAACCAGAUGCAGAUCGCCUCCACACUCCUAAGCUACGGAGCCGAGACCAACAUCGUCACCAAGCAGGGGGUCACCCCGCUCCACCUGGCCUCGCAGGAGGGUCACACCGACAUGGUCACCCUGCUUCUGGAAAGGGGGGCCCACAUCCACAUGGCAACCAAGAGUGGACUCACCUCCUUACACCUCGCGGCCCAGGAAGAUAAAGUGAAUGUCGCUGAUAUUCUCACCAAGCACGGGGCUGACCAGGAUGCUCACACGAAGCUUGGUUACACUCCUUUGAUUGUGGCCUGUCACUAUGGAAAUGUGAAAAUGGUCAACUUUCUUCUGAAGCAGGGAGCUGAUGUCAACGCAAAAACCAAGAAUGGCUACACACCCCUGCACCAGGCCGCCCAGCAGGGCCACACACACAUCAUCAACGUCCUGCUUGAGCACGGGGCCAAGCCCAACACCACCACCGCGAAUGGCAACACCGCCCUGGCCAUUGCCAAACGGCUGGGGUACAUCUCCGUAGUCGACACCCUGAAGGUGGUGACCGAGGAAGUGACCACUACCACCACGACCAUCACUGAGAAACACAAGCUCAAUGUCCCCGAGACUAUGACAGAGGUUCUGGAUGUUUCCGACGAGGAAGCUUUGAAACGGUGUGGUGAGCAUCUGAUGGAUGGGGAAACCCUGAGUGAUUCAGGCGACGACACCAUGACCGGAGACGGAGGAGAAUACCUGAGGCCUGAGGACCUGAAGGAGCUGGGGGAUGACUCCCUGCCCAGCAGCCAGUUCCUGGACGGCAUGAACUACCUACGUUACAGCUUAGAGGGCGGGCGCUCGGACAGUACCAUGCCCAGUUCCGACAGGUCGCACACCCUGAGCCACGCCUCUUACCUGAGGGACAGCGGGAUGAUAGAGGACACGGUGGUGAUCCCCAGCCAUCAGGUGUCAACACUAGCCAAGGAGGCAGAAAGGAACGCUUAUCGCCUGAGCUGGGGCACUGAAAACUUAGACAACGUGGUCCUUUCUUCCAGCCCUAUUCAUUCCGGCCACGCCUCUCCAUGUCUUGAUCGCGACAACAGCAGUUUCCUGGUUAGUUUUAUGGUGGACGCCCGGGGCGGCGCCAUGCGAGGCUGCAGACACCACGGGCUGCGUAUCAUUAUCCCCCCUCGGAAGUGCACUGCCCCCACGCGGGUCACCUGCAGGCUGGUCAAGCGCCACAGACUGGCGACAAUGCCCCCGAUGGUGGAAGGAGAAGGCCUGGCCAGCCGCCUGAUCGAAGUCGGACCUUCUGGGGCUCAGUUCCUUGGUAAACUUCACCUGCCAACGGCUCCUCCCCCCCUUAAUGAGGGAGAGAGCCUGGUCAGCCGCAUCCUUCAGCUGGGGCCUCCUGGAACCAAAUUCCUUGGGCCCGUGAUUGUGGAGAUCCCGCAUUUUGCCGCCCUGCGGGGGAAGGAGAGGGAGCUGGUGGUUCUGCGCAGUGAGAACGGGGACAGCUGGAAGGAGCAUUUCUGUGACUACACAGAGGAGGAGCUGAACGAGAUCCUGAAUGGCAUGGAUGAAGUCUUGGACAGCCCGGAAGACCUGGAGAAGAAGCGCAUCUGCCGCAUCAUCACCCGAGACUUCCCGCAGUACUUCGCCGUGGUGUCGCGGGUCAAGCAGGACAGCAACCUCAUCGGGCCCGAGGGAGGCGUGCUGAGCAGCACGGUGGUGCCGCAGGUGCAGGCCGUCUUCCCGGAGGGCGCUCUGACCAAGCGGAUCCGCGUAGGCCUGCAGGCCCAACCAAUGCACAGUGAGCUGGUUAAGAAGAUUCUAGGCAACAAAGCUACCUUCAGCCCCAUCGUCACUUUGGAACCUCGGAGAAGAAAAUUCCACAAGCCAAUUACCAUGACCAUCCCCAUUCCCAAAGCUUCAAGUGAUGUCAUGUUGAAUGGAUUCGGGGGAGACGCACCUACCUUAAGAUUACUGUGCAGCAUAACAGGUGGAACCACCCCAGCUCAGUGGGAAGAUAUUACAGGAACUACGCCAUUAACGUUUGUCAAUGAGUGUGUUUCCUUCACAACCAAUGUGUCUGCCAGGUUCUGGCUGGUGGACUGUCGGCAAAUCCAGGAAUCUGUCCCCUUUGCUUCGCAAGUGUAUAGAGAGAUCAUCUGUGUCCCGUACAUGGCCAAAUUCGUGGUGUUUGCCAAAUCCCACGACCCCAUUGAAGCCAGGCUGAGAUGCUUCUGCAUGACGGAUGACAAAGUGGACAAGACCCUUGAGCAACAGGAAAACUUCGCUGAAGUGGCCAGAAGCAGGGAUGUGGAGGUCCUAGAAGGAAAGCCCAUCUACGUUGACUGUUUCGGCAACCUCGUGCCAUUAACCAAGAGUGGCCAACACCAUAUUUUCAGCUUUUUUGCCUUCAAGGAAAAUAGACUUCCGCUCUUUGUCAAGGUACGUGAUACGACCCAGGAACCUUGUGGAAGACUGUCAUUCAUGAAGGAGCCCAAGUCUACAAGAGGCCUGGUGCACCAAGCCAUCUGCAACUUGAACAUCACCCUGCCGAUUUACACAAAGGAAUCAGAGUCAGACCAGGAGCAGGAGGAAGAGAUCGAUAUGACAUCAGAAAAAAAUGAUGAGACAGACUCUACAGAAACAUCUGCCCUGAAAAGCCACCUGGUUAAUGAAGUUCCUGUCCUGGCCAGUCCGGACUUGCUCUCUGAAGUGUCCGAGAUGAAACAAGAUCUGAUCAAGAUGACGGCCAUCUUGACCACAGACGGGACGGAAAGGGCAGGUCCCCUUAAGGUCAAGGAGCUGGCGAAGGCCGCUGAGGAGGAACCAGGGGAGCCUUUUGAGAUUGUGGAAAGGGUGAAAGAGGACCUAGAGAAGGUCAAUGAGAUCCUGAGGAGUGGCACCUGUGCCAGAGAGGAGGGCAAUGUUCCCAGGCCCCAGUCGGAGGGGGAAUUAGUGGAGGAGGAGGAGUGGGUGUUGGUCAGUGAGGAGGAGAUACAAGAGGCAAAACAAAAUGCACCUUCAGAGGUCUCUGAGGAGCCCUGUGUAGAAGUUAGACUAGAGAAAGUGGUCAGAGGCAAGGGAGAGAAAGACCCCACUGGGCUCCUGAACUACCUUACAGAGGAUCUCAAUUCCUACGUGGCUCCCCCUCACGGAGCCCGACCUCAGAAAGCUCGAGAAGCUUCUGGGGAGAAACGUGAAGCCCCGGCCGCCAGUAGGAGCUUGGAGAGCCGUCGAGGAGGCCAAGACACCCCCCCAGGUGAGACCCCAACUGGACAGAAACAGCUCAAAGCAAGCCCUGGGAUAAAGAAGCCCUUGAGGAAGAAACUCAAAGAGAAACAGAAGCAGAAAGAGGAGACCUCACCGGCCAGCACUGGCAAGAUGGAUGUGAAAAAGGGCAGCUCGGAGGAGUCGCUGGAUGAAGAGCCAGGCCUGGCCCCUGAGCCUACUGCCACCACCAAGGCCACGUCACCCCUCAUUGAGGAGACCCCCAUUGGCUCCAUCAAGGACAAAGUGAAGGCCCUGCAGAAGCGGGUGGAGGAUGAGCAGAAGGGCCGCAGCAAGCUGCCCGUGAGGGUCAAGGGCAAGGAGGACGCGCCUAAGAGGAGCCCACAUCGGGCCCCAGCUGCCUCCUCAGCCUCCCUGCGGGCAGAGAGGAACUCACCUCCCUCCUCCACUAAGACCGAGAAGCACCCUCCCUCUCCAGCCAGCAAAACCGAGAGACACUCCCCAGUGUCUCCCUCAGCAAAAACAGACAGGCACUCACCCAUGUCUGCAACCACCAAAACUGAGAGACACUCCCCAGUGUCCCCCUCCUCUAAGCCUGACCGGCACACACCUGCCUCGCAGUCAGGAAAGACAGACAGACGUUUCCCGGCAUCCCCCUCAUCCAGGCCAGACAAGCACCCUCCAGUGUCCCCAGGGAGGACAGAGAAGCGCCUGCCAGUCGGGCUCCCCUCCAAGUCAGAGAAGCACUCACCUGUGUCAGCCUCAGGGAAGACAGAGAGGCACCUGGCCGUGUCCCCCUCCGGGAGGAUGGAGAAGCAGCCACCCGUAUCCCCCACCUCCAAAUCGGAGCGGAUCGAGGAGACCAUGUCAGUAAAGGAGCUGAUGAAGGCUUUCCAGUCGGGCCAGGACCCUUCGAAGCACAAGACCGGGCUGUUUGAGCACAAGGCCUCCAAACAGAAGCAGCAGCCCCAGGACAAAGGCAGAGGAAGGACAGAAAAGGACAAGGGGCCAGCGGCCACAGCCCAGACAAUCAGGCGGGGCCAGAGGUCCCCACUAACCACAGGCCCCGUGGAACCCAAGAGAGGGGUCCUGCGGAGUACUAUCUUUGUGGGGUUGAGAGAACCCCAGAAUGACAGGGAGCGAGCUCCCAGUCACAGAACUCCUGAGCCCCCACCGUCAGCCCUGCAGGAAGCAGGCCAUGGAGAAGACAAGGGUCUCCAGGAGAAGCUGGCUGAUGAGCAGGGCGACCUGGACCUCCAGAUUAGCCCCGACAGGAAGACUUCCACUGACUUCUCGGAGGUCAUCAAGCAGGAACUGGAGAGCAACGACAGCUACCAACAGUUCUGCCUGAGCCAAGAGCCAGAGAAGGCACAGCUGCACCCAGAUCAGGUGCUCACAAGUCCUUUCGACACAGCCUUCCCUCUUGACUACAUGAAAGACCCAUUCCUCCCAGCUCUGUCUUUGCCCAGCGCGGCCUUGGAUGGCAGCCCCGAGAGCCUUAAACCGGAAGUGGAAGCGGAAGUGGGGGCUGGCUCCCCCUGCGGCAGCCUGAUGGAAGGGACCCCCCAAAUUAGUUCUGAGGAAAGCUAUAAGCACGAGGGCCUCGCGGAGACCCCUGAGACCAGCCCAGAAAGCCUUUCCUUCUCACCAAAGAAGAGCGAGGAGCCAAGCAGGGAAAGAUCUGGAAGUCCCAAGUCCCAAACGCCAACAGAAAUCCAUUCCAAAGAAGAUAAGCCUUCAACCAAAGAUGAGAGCGCAGGUUUGGAACAGGGGGCCGGGACCCCCGUCGACGCAGAGCUCACUGCUGAGUCUGAGCCCAAGGAGGCCACCCAUGAUCUCACUAAAGACGGUGUUCUCCAACAUGAGGGUGACAAUGGCCUUGAAAGCUUCCGUGCAUCAUUAGCAAAAACAAUGCCACCAGGUCUGAUUGAGAUGGCAUCCUGUGGUGAGGGUCAGCUCACGUGGGACAGCUCAGCCAGCACAGCAAAAAGGGAGCCUGAAGGGGAGGAAUCCAUAGCCAUGGUCCAGCCUUCAGAUGAGACAAGGCCCCCACCUCAGCCAGAAAGCAAAGCCUCAGGGACUGAGUCCAAACCUCCAGGGCCCAUCAGAAGCCCCCAGGGGUUAGAACUUGCGUUGCCCAGCCGAGACAGCGAGGUGCUCAGCCCUGGGGCUGAUGAGUCCCUUGCUGUGAGCCACCAAGACUCCUUGGAGGCCAGCCCAGUGCUGGAGGAUAACUCCUCUCACAAAACUCCAGAUUCUCUGGAGCCAAGUCCUCUAAGAGAAUCCCCAUGCCGGGACUCUCUGGAAAGCAGUCCCGUGGAGCCCAAGGCAAAGGGUGGCAUCCUCCCUGGCCACUUCCCUCUCCCCCCAGCCAUGGUCAAAGCUGAGCUUUUGACAGAGGUGGCUGCCAUGAGGUCAAGGUUGCUGCGGGACCCUGACGGCAGCGCUGAAGAUGACAGCCUGGAGCAGACAUCACUGAUGGAGAGCUCUGGAAAGAGCCCCCUUUCUCCAGAUACUCCCAGCUCCGAGGAGGUCAGUUACGAGGUCACCCCCAAGACCACUGAGGCCAGUACCCCCAAACCAGCCAUGAUUGAGGAAUGUGCAGAGGAGGAGGACAUGGAGAAUGGGGAGAGGAAGAGGUUUACCCCCGAGGAGGAGAUGUUUAAGAUGGUCACCAAAAUCAAAACGUUCGAUGAACUGGAGCAGGAGGCAAAGCAGAAGAGGGACCACAGGAAAGAGCCCAGGCCAGAGGACACAUCUUCAGCCUCGGAUCCGGAUGCCGACUGCUCGGCAGAGGUAGGGGAGCCAAAACAUGAGGAGAGCAUGGAGGGUGAUGGCGAGGUCCCCUUGGUGGUGACAUCAGAGAGCAGAAAGGCCUCCUCUUCCUCUGACAGUGAACCCAAACUGACUCGUCUCAAGGAGGGUCCCUCAGAGGGUCUCUUACCUGAGCCGGUGAUCCGCGUGCAGCCUCCCUCUCCGGUCCCCACUGGCACGGACCCCGGCUCCAGCCCCGAGGAUGGACCAUUCCAGCCCAUUGCCUCCAAACAGUACACUUUCAGGAUACAGGACGACACACAGUCAGCUUCCGGAGAAGCAGGAGCAGGAGAGGAACAAGGAACUUACUCACCUGACGGCAGUCUCAUCGCCAGCCCCGACGAGACUCACGAUGGGCUCAGCAGAGACAUGGCCCAGACUAAACCCUGCAACAGCCAUGGGUUCGAGGCCGGGAGUCCUGGCGGCUCUGCCACCCCUGUCUCUUGUGGUCUCCAGGGUUCCAUUGCAGAAGGCGGCAGUGGACAGCGAGGGGUCCGGAAGGGGCCACUCAGUUCCCAAGAUACAGAUGAAGUCCCAGAAGGAGCAGAGCUAGGGGAGGUCAGAGUGGAGCCCCCACAUCUGGGCUGCCCUGGUGAUAGUUCUGCAUCUGUUAUAUCCUCUUGGCCUCAGGGCUCACCAUCCACAGGAGAGGAAGCCUACAGUGACACCGUGCUCUCGGCAUCUUCUCCAGCAAGAACAGAAAUCUGUAAAACAGAGCCAGCCUUGGCGAGCUCUCCCGAGGACUGCUCCCUGGAGGACCCCACCAACAGUCCUCUUGGGGCUGUUCCCGCCUCUGAGCCAGCCGAGACCGAGACAGUCUCUGAUCCUCAAAUCAUCAGUCCUUACGAGAAUGUCCCUCCCCACUGCUUUUUCCCUAGCCAAGAAAACAGAGGAGCAGAACACAUGAGUCCUCACUCUCCAGAAGGGGUCUCUGUCCCUGUCGUCACAUCCUCCUCCCUGGGAGACGUGGCGGUGGUGGCCAGCUCCUCUAGUGGGACUGCUUUGAGCAGAGAGCUUGGUUCUGAGGCCCAGGCUGUAGGGCUGGCAUCCGAGCAGGAAUGCCCCAAGUGGGAAGGACAGACAGACAGCGUGAUGGUGCCCUCGCCUGUGGCUCCCGGGGGCUCAGAGACGUCGGCAUCAGGGGGUGGACACCCCAGCCCGGUCGUCAUCACCAGGACUGAUGUAGACGCCGACUCCUGGAGCGAAAUCCGCGAGGACGACGCGGCCUUCGAGGCCCGCGUGAAGGAGGAAGAGCAGAAGAUAUUUGGCUUGAUGGUAGACAGACAGUCCCAGGGAACCACCCCUGACACCACGCCAGCCAGGACCCCCACGGAGGAGGGGACCCCCACCAGCGAGCAGAACCCAUUUCUCUUCCAGGAGGGCAAGCUGUUUGAGAUGACCCGCAGCGGUGCCAUUGACAUGACCAAGAGGUCCUACGCGGACGACGGUUUCCACUUUUUCCAGAUUGGCCACGAAUCUGGGGAGGAGACUCUGACGGAGGAGCUGAGGGAGGGUGUAGUGAUGGGGGCUGAGCCCCCACAGCCGGAGGCACCUGAGGGCUCCCUCGUGCUUUCCGAAUCCAGAGAGACCACGGACGGCGAAGCAGACUUGAUUCCAGAUGACCUGAGUGAAGAUGCAGAGGACACGGCAGCUCCAGAGACUCCCCCGAGAAGCCCAGGCGCUGCGUCAACGUCUCCUGCAGGGAUCCAGGAUGCUACCCCCUCUGAGAUGUGUGGUGUGAAACCAGUGCCAGGCCCUGACUGCCCAGAACCCGCUGUCCCCGCAGGGUUAGACUUUUCCACCGUCGCCAGGUCUGUGUAUCCCGAACGGGAGGACGCAUCUCCCGAUUCAUCCCCGGAGGAGCAGAAGUCGGUCAUCGAGAUCCCCACAGCCCCCUUGGAGCACGUGCCUUCUACCGAAAGCAAGUCCAAAAUCCCCGUGAGGACUUUGUCAGUCCCAGCACCAACCUCCGGGGAGCCAGAGCAGCCCCUUUCGGAAAAGUUUCUAGAUGAAGGAAGCAAUGAGGAUGAGACCAAACCCAAAUCAAAAAUCCCCGUCAAAGCACCCGCCCACAGGCCCGAGCGGCCACUCUCUCCGGUGGAACCCCCGCUCCGGCCCACAGUGGAGGCUCAGGGACGGGAUGAGGCUAGCAGAGCCUUGGAUCAGAGAAGCCAGUCGGAGUCGGAUGCCUAUCCUCCCACCUCCAGACCCCGAGGGCCAGAAAAAUCUAGAAGCUACCCUGAGAGGGAAACCGAGAAUAGAGAGAGGGAUGAGGAAGAUGAGUUUGAGGGAGAGCCAGAAGGUAGGGCCCCCAGACCCAACGGGCAUUCCUCCCACCUGCCAGUUAAGAGCAAGAGCAACCCCUUCUCCAGCCAGGGGGCUGUGAGCCCCACCAGAGACAGCCGGGAACAGUUCUUUGACCUGUACAGAAACUCCAUAGAGUUCUUUGAGGAGAUCAGCGACGAGGCUUCCAAGCUAGUGGAUAGGCUGACCCAGUCAGAAAGAGAGCAAGAGUUAGCGUCAGAUGACGAGAGCAGUAGUGCCCUGGACGUCUCAGUAAUCGAGAAUCUGCCACCUGCUGAGACCGACCACUCACUCCCCGAGGACAUCUUUGACACAAGGCCCAUUUGGGACGAGUCCAUUGAGACUCUGAUUGAGCGCAUUCCCGAUGAGAAUGGCCCAACUGAAGAUGAACAGGACGAGCAGGAGCGGUUGGAGGAGAGGCUGGCUUACAUUGCUGACCACCUGGGCUUCAGCUGGACAGAACUGGCACGAGAACUGGAUUUCACCGAGGAGCAAAUCCAUCAGAUCCGAAUUGAGAACCCUAACUCACUGCAAGACCAGAGCCACGCGCUGCUGAAGUACUGGCUGGAAAGGGAGGGGAAACGUGCUACAGAGACCAUCCUCAUUGAAUGUCUGACAAAGAUCAACCGGAUGGACAUUGUCCAUCUCUUAGAGACCAACACGGAGCCUCUUGGGGAGCGUAUCAGUCACAGCUACACGGAGAUUGAGCAGACCAUCACGCUGGACCACAGUGAAGGGUUCUCGGUGCUCCCUGAGGAGCUCCAGGCCACCCAGCACACACAGGACGAGGAGCCAGCUGCUUCCAAAGAGGGCGAGUCCGCAGACCACCCACCCAUUGUCUCCGAGGAAGACAUUUCUGUGGGCUACUCCACCUUCCAGGACGGCACCCCGAAAACCGAGGUGGGCAAUGCAGCCCCAGGACAAGCGUCUCAGCCCUACAAGGAGCUGGAUUUCUCAGGGAAAACGCAGGAUGCGCUGGAAGAGCUGCCUCUCGAACAUCAGCAGCAGUACUUUGUGACAACACCAGGGACAGAAGUGGCAGAGACACAGCAGGCAAGCUCCGAGCCGGGCUCCCCCAACCAGAUCCCUGAGGAAGUGAGCACCCCACCUGAAGGGGGCAGACCCGACCUGCAGACGCCCACUUCCAGCGAGAGGGGAGACUCGCCCAUCGUGCAGGAGCCAGAGGAGACCCCAGAGCACGGGCAGGAAGUCCCCCUGCGGAAGACGAGCCUGGUGAUCGUGGAGUCCACGGACCACCAGCCCCCGGCCCACGAGAGGUCCGAGCAGGAUGGAGCCUUUGCCGAGGAGCUCACCCGGGAGUUAGGUGAGCUGGAGGCCAGCUCAGACGAGGAGGCCAUGGUCACUACCAGGGUGGUCCGCCGCCGAGUGAUCAUCCAGGGUGACGAUAUGCCCGACAUCCUCCCAGAAACGGUCACGGAGGAAGAGUACGUGGACGAGCAGGGACACACCGUGGUGAAGAAGGUGACCAGAAAAAUCAUCAGGCGCUACGUCUCCUCAGAGGGCACAGAGAAAGAGGAGGUCACGGUGCAGGGGACGCCCCAGGAGCCCAUCCACAUCGAGGAAGGGGACAGCUAUUCCAAAGUCAUCAAGCGUGUGGUGUUGAAGAGUGACACCACGCACUCAGAGGUGACUCUGUCUGAGCCCAGCAUUUUGUCCAGUACCUCACAGUUUCAGGCGGAGCCUGUGGAAGGCCGCAGAGUCAGCAAGGUGGUUAAGACCACUCUGGUGCACGGAGAGAGGAUGGAAAAACACCUGGGGGAUUCUAGCUUAGCCGCGGACCUCCCUUCAGCCAAAGAUGACUUUGAAGAGGCUCUGAGUUACACAGGUAGCGACAUGAAGGUCCACUUCCCCAGCUUAGUAGAGAAGGAGGUGCUGAAAGAGGAUGGAUCGGUGAUUAAAAGGACAACCUUGAGUAAGGCCAGGACCCAGAAGAGAGCUGUGGUGAAGGACCAGCAUGGCAAACGCAUUUCCUUGGAGCACCUGGAGGAUGUCCCCGAGGCCUGGGACCCAGACGCCCUGCAGCGUGACCUGCAGCGUCUCCUGCAGCAUUUCUGCCCAGAGGACCCGCAGCCAGAGGCCCAGUGAGGGGGACUUAACCCACUUGAGCCCCGUCCCCCCCAACCUCUCCCCGCAGCUACCUUCACUCAAUAUGCAACUUCCGGCUCUUCCUGGGAGGCCCGACCCCCUGCCGGCCUCCUCGUCCAGGGAACCCCCUGACCCUGUCCACUUUGAGCAAACGCACUACGUUUUGUCUCGUGUGCACGCGUGUGUGUGUGUGUGUGUAUGUGUGUGUGUGUGUGUGUGUGUGUCCUUCCCUCGUUUAACUGUCAGCUCAUUUGUGACCAAAGAGAGCAUCAUUCGUGCUGGAUACAGCAACCCAGCACCCGUGUGUCCAAGCUCCCCUGGAAACUGGCCGCUGUCACUGCCCUUUGCUUCUGUACCCACUGUGGGGGAACACCUGCACCUUCACCUCCAGCCCCCACCAGGAGAACUCCACCCACCCACCCCCAAGCCUCUUCAAGGGACAGCACGUCCAGGGCAGGGGUCGGGGAAGCCCACCAGGAGCUGUGUGUGUCACUUACAGAGUGGACAGGCUCAGGGGACACCUUCCAGUGUCACCCACUGCUUGUCAUCUCUCCACUGGAGACAGGUGGGAUGAUGGAUGAAGAUACUGCUGAAUGACCGACCAGUCCUACUGCAAACCAAACACUGGAGACCUACCAUUCCUGAGAGCCUCCAGAGUGGCUGAGUUUCCUCACUCAGGACGGGCUGGCGGCCUAGAGGAACUGACCUAAGCGGGCCACCCCCCCAUGCUGGUGCCAACCAGGAUGCGCGUUUCCCUCUCCCCACGCCCUACCCCCCAGCCAGCCUGAGGAGGACAGAGGGUGGGAGCAGGAGGCACCUGGACAAAGCAAUGAGAUGUCUGUCCAGUUGCUAGCAGCUACUUCCACGGUGGCCUUCUAGCACCUUCAGGUCUUUGUGAUUUUUUGGAUAUGUUGGCAGGGUAUUAAAAAAAAGAAGAAGAAAAAGAAAAGCUAUAACUACUGUACUUUCCCAGUUUCCAUUGCUGCUUUAGCAAACCAUGCUGUCUUAUUGGUGGUACUUUUAUCUGACCACUGCACUGUAGAUAAUUCAUUUGGAAACAACCUUGACCCACCAGCCCCACGAUUCUGCUCCUGCCCUGGUGGGAUGAGGUGGUACCCCCUCCCCACUCCAUGGCCCCCUGCCUUUUUGUUUUGUUUUGUUUUCACCUAGUUACCUAGGUCAUACCUUUUCUGAUGCCUGCUUGUAGUAUUUCACUGAUUCCAAACCAUUGUCACAGCCCCCUUUUCUGAGCCUGUUAAUGAUUUCCAUUCUUGUUUAUUUUUUUCAUACCUCUCCCUCCCUCCCUCUCUCUUUUUCUGCCUUUGCCUUGAACAAGUAGUUUUCAGCAAAAUCUGCCUUUUUUCUUUUUUUGGCUUGCAGUCAAGGUUGAAUCCUUUUUUUUGGUUUUGUUUAUUUAUUCAAAGCCCAACCCCCCUUGGAAACUCUCCAGUGCCCUGUGUGCACUUUGUUGUUGAUUAGUUAUGAAGGAAGGGCCUUAACACAUCUGGCUGAGCUUCCGAUUCCUCUAGUGGUCGAAGCUGUGUAGCGUUUUCACAGAGAAAUAUAUAUAUAUAUAUAUAUAUACACACACAUAUAUAUAUACACUGACAAAUAUAUUCAUGUAAACAGUAUACAUUUUCAGACCCGUUGUUUGUGAAAGCAGAGUAUAUUCAAGGACGAUGACGUUCACAUAUAUGUGUACACAUCCCAGAAUCCACCCUCCCGGGGACUGAACAUGGUCCAGGUGCAAACUAAUAAUAAUAAUAAUAAUAAUAAUAAAGACUCACAGCUCUGAAAGUCGGAAAACCAACACAACCCACACCGGCCCGACAUCCUUUCAAGUCCCGUUGCCAAGGGAGAAGAUUCCCCGGAAAGGAGGCUCCCCAGCACGCGGAACCCCCAAAGCCUCACGUAACAGGAGCCUCUGUGGGCAGACACAACGCAGAGGCCCAGAGGUGAGAGUUUUGGAGACUCGCCCUGCCCCAGCCUGGCUUUCCUUUCUGUCCAAACCUCUUCACUGACGUUCGAGAGAAGUGUUUCUGUUGUGUUCCUGGCACAGUGCAGGUGACGUCUGUGUGACAGCAUCAUGGUUAUUCACCUUCAACGCCUCCCACACCCUUUUUUUAUUUUUUAUUUUGAGGUUUUUUGCUGUGUAAUCAAAAAAAAAACUUGGAUCCUGUGAGAAAGAAGUGAAUUUUCCUGUGGAUGACUCAGCAUCUUGUUCUCAUGGUGAUAACACUAAUUGAAUAUAUCUCUGAGGGCAUGUAUUAGUUAAUGGGAAAAAAAAUACAGCACUAACAAUACAUAGCUGCAAUGUGUACAAUGGCUGAUCUAACUCAAUAAAAUGUACAAGUGUUCAGUGUG